CAGAAUUAAGAUGUUUUUAUCGAUACACCAGAACUCAUGGACGGAAAAAACAUUUGGAGGAUGGAUUGAUGCUCUUUUUAACGAUUUUCCAAUACCUUGUAGAAUCGAGAGAGACGUGGUUAGUGAGAUAUGGAUUUAAGGCGUGACACUUGCAGUAAUUCUGCUCAAUUUAAACGUAUCUCAUUCACAGCAGAUCGAAUUGAUUUUUUCUGCGCAUAUAAACCUUAGUUCCGGUAUGAAGGAAAAAGAACAGAUCAGGAGACUUCAGCACUUCCUGUCUGAGCUUGCAAUACUGGGGUCCUUACAGGGCUUCCAUUAUUUUCAGCCUUGGCUGAGAGGGAGAGAAGAACUUCUGCUGACUGUUGUGAAUGAUGAUUUGAGAUGGCGUUCUCCUGGGUAUGCCGUGUCUGUGGCCUCCAACUUUACCAGCACAACCUGCAGUAGCAGCUACAGUUUGGACAGUGACUACGCCAGGUCCCCUUUGACUGGAGAAGAGCCAUUUCCACAGGUCAAGAAGCAGACGCCAUCAGCCACGCAGCAGCAAACUCCCAGCAGGGGAUGCGAUUCUCAUCUUCUCCCAGCCUCACCCAGUGAGAGAGAGAUUGCUGUUCCUGAAGUCAACUGCACCCUGUUCUUGUUGGCUGGCUAUGCCAAGUAUGGGCAACCUUAUUCCUGGAUUCGGUCUAAUCAUGAGCGCCUGGUAAACAUCGGAGGAACUGAUACUCUGGUUAAAGAUACACCAAUGAAACUCAAGUCUAUCACAGACUGGAUUUCAGCACCAGAAGGAACUCAUGCAUGGGAUAUUGUGAAUGAGUUAGUGGGACUGUGCACCAUGCCACCUCCUGACAACCCAUUCUCUCUAGACAUGAGGUACCUCCAAACCCUCUCCCUUCCAGAACGCUUCCUGGUCACUGGGGCCCUUCUGAACUUCCUGGAGAUGAUUGUGGUUCAGGGAAACCGAGAGGAACUAUUCUAUGAUCUGGUGGUGGCAGAGUUGAAGCCAUUGAGACAGCUUCAUUUUAAGAGUCUCUCUGAGGUCCAGAGACUUCAAGGCAGUGACAGCACUACAAGUCCCUCAGCGGAAGAAUCUCCAGACAAUAACUGAAAAAAUAAGGAAUAGCUUCAUGUUCCAGAGGUUUAUUCCUUUAAACACUCUACAUGGGCUCCAAACAAAACAUCGCCAACUAAAGUUGAAACAACAUUAUGUAAAAAACAAUAAUACGGUUUUAUUCUUUAUUAUCUUUAGUGAUGAUGGUGGCUGUUUUGCAGUCUUUUAACAUGUUGCCUUAUAUUCACAAAAUUGAACCAUUGUGACUUCUUAGUAUUUUGAGUGUGAUAUGUUCACCAUACAAAAUAACACAAAAUAAACUAAAUUAAA